UUAUUUUCAACAAUACACAGACAUUAGAGUAGACCAUUCAAUUACAGGUUAUAUUAUGAUAACUUUCCCCAACAAGAGCAAAAAAUGACACGGUUAGAUUAAUCUCACCCGGGCGCACGUGCAUGAAUGUUUUGAAUCGGCUGAAGGUUGAUUGCAUUCGAUUAGGAACCGGGCUGCCUCACGGAGUGACCUAAUUAAGCUAACAUAUUUACAUUUGGAAUGAAAGUGUUUUUUAGGUAUGAUGUACACUGAACAAAAAUAUAAACACAACAUGUAAAGUGUCGGUCCCAUGUUUCAUGAGCUGAAAUAAAUGAUCCCAGAAAUGUUCCAUAUGAACACAAAGCUUAUUUCUCUCACAUUUUGUGCAGAAAUGUGUUUACAUCCCUGUUAGUGAGCAUUUUAGCCUUUGUCAAGAUGAUCCAUCCACCUGACAGAUGUGACAUAUCAACAAGCUGAUUAAACAGCAUGAUCAUUACACAAGUGCACCUUGUGCAGGGGACAAUAAAAGGCCACUAAAAUGUGCAGCUUUGUCACAACACAAUGCCACAGAUGUCUCAAGUUGAGGGAGUGUGCAAUUCAUGAUGGCUGCAGGAAUGUCCACCAGAGCCGUUGCCAGAGAAUCCAAUGUUAAUUUGUCUACAAUGUCAUUCGAACUGGUGAACUGUUACAUCAAAAUCAUUGAAAUUGUUGCAUGUUGCGUUUAUAUAUUUUUUUCAGUAUAGUUUGUUGAUUAAAAGGACAUAAGUAUGUUAAAAAUGACCAACCAAGCAUAUCCAAAAUGUUUAUUGUUAAUGAAAUGAUUGUAAAAAUAAUACAGGAUAUGAGUAAAGUAAGCAAUUUAUCAUAGGAGUAAUGGGGUACCCUACAGCUGAACUCUAAUCAGGGGCGUGGUCACGUUAAACCCUGCCUCCAGUGUGUAUCUUUGUGAAUGCGGAAUUUUUCUCCUGUAGCGCCAAUGAGAAUGAGAAGAAAAUAUGGGCAAAGACGUCGAGGUGUCAAUGGGAAGAAAGAAGGGGCUUUUCAAUGGGAAGAAAGAAGGGGCUUUGCAAGGGAACGUACCCUUGCUGCAUUCAGACCAUAUUUAAGCAAUACAGUGCGGUAUAUGGCCAAUAAACCACGGCUAACGGCUGUUCUUAUGCACAACGCAACGCGGAGUGCCUGGAUACAGCCCUUAGCUGUGGUGUAUUGGCCAUAUGCCACACACCCCGAGGUGCCUUAUUGCUAUUAUAAACGGUUACCAACGUAAUUAGAGCAGUAAAAAUAAAUGAUAUCCGUGGUAUAUCACGGCUUUCAGUUAAUCGGCAUUCAGGGCUUGAACUACCCAGUUUAUAAUGCAAAUUAGAGCCCUGAAUGUGUAAUGUAAUAAGCAAUAACGUAAUACAAAUUACAGCGCGCAUAUCUUUAAAUAUAAUACCCGUUUUCAUUUAGCCACACCUUUUGAGCUAUGACGCACACCAAUAAGAUCCGUUCUCUUCAGUGUAAACGGAAGUGAACAUUGACCAAGAACCACUUUAGCGUUUUUAAUUGUUGUUAUUUAGACGUUUAUUGACAUACUUAACCAAAACAAUUACUCAUAACAGCAUCACAUACUUACCCCAGGUAGCGUUUAAUUUGCGUUGGAGACUGGACUUUGUUAAUCGAUGUUAUCUAGGUAAAGCUAGCUAACAAUGGCUAACUGUAUGGUUUUCCACACUCAAAUAGCCUCCAUCAUGGAGGUACUAGCGAAUGCAGCCGUGGCAGAGAUCUGUAAACUCGUAGACGACGACUAUGAAGUGUUUCGUUUGGAAAUGUCUCAAAGCCAGAAAGAAAACAGGGGAUUGCGGAGGAAGCUACAGCUAUUCGAACUGAAGGUGGCACGGGAGCGCGCAGAGCGCGUCCUUGCCAGUCGUCCCAGUAGUGUCAAGAUCCUCGACCGAUACAAAGGAAUCGCAAGAGGUGAAGGACAUCUCACUGGAGGCCACAGGAGCUUCGUGAAACCAGCGGGACACAAUACAUGGAGAGAUGACCAACCAUUCACUAUUGAUGAGGGAAGUGGAACCUCAACCCAGCGCGUUAUCGUGAUAGAGUCUGCAGAAGCUGCAGGUCCAGGAGGAUUGUCUCUGGUGAAACAAGAGAGGACUGAAGAAGAGGACCCACGACACAGCAGAAGCACCCCUACUGGUGUAACGUCUGGAGUGGCGUCCCCUGUAGCCACGGAAGACCUAUCCACCGCUGCUGCGACCCAGCCCAGGACACGAUGCAGCAUCACGGAGGUCAGUGGAACGCUGAACGCCGUACUCAAGUCAGACACAGAUACUUCAACUGUAACACAAAGGCUUUUACAAGACGGAUCAUCUGACCACAGGUCAGACGCAGAGGGACUGGGGCCGGGGAGACUGGGCUGUACUGCUGCUACCGGCUCAGAGUAUUUACUUUACGGUAAUCGAAGCCCAAGGAUGGUUCAUUCCCAUCGGGACUCCGGUGACGCGUUAGAGACUGGCAAUGAUCCGUCUUGUUCUUACACUACAGAGAUGGACCCUGGCAACAUGCCCUUGGGUUUAGAGGCACAGACUACUCUGUCUAGAGGGGACUGGAACCGGUACAGUAGUAGUGUAUACUCUGAAGGGUGCCUUGAUAAGAAAGGGGAGGUUAAAGUGGUAGAUGAUGGGACUGUGAAAGUGGAGGCCGACGCUCCUCCCACAUGGAAUGCAGAUAGUCACCUAGGAGACAGACAAUCACAGGGCAGAGAUUUUUUAGAUUACAGCGAAAACUUAGAGACAAAUCCAAAUGUAACAACCAACUCCCCUUUACACACGCUCAGAGAUCGCGACCCAGCGUCCAUGUCAUUGGGGCCUUCUGAUUCACAUGGCCAUGUCCGUUUCGAUCAGGUAUUGAACUCAAACGACAGGGCUGGAGGCCAGGUUCAGGAAGGGGGAGCCACAUCUGGCAGUAGUAAAGAGAAACGAUUCUUCUGUAUGUUCUGUAACAAAGGCUUCAGCUGCCCGCAGAAGGUGGAGAUCCACCAGAGGGUCCACACAGGGGUGAAACCCUUCAGCUGUACCCAGUGUCACAUGCGCUUCGCCCAGGCUGGUGACCUGAAGAGGCACCAUAGGGUCCACACAGGGGUAAAACCUUUCAGCUGUACCCAGUGUCACAUGCGCUUCGCCCAGGCUGGUGACCUGAAGAGGCACCAGAGGGUCCACACAGGGGAGAAACCGUUCGGCUGUCACCUGUGCCGUGCUAGUUUCUCCCACUCAUCCAGCCUGAAGAGGCACCAGAGGGUCCACACAGGGGAGAAGCAUACAGCUGUCCCCAGGUCGAGAAGAGGUUCUCCCACCAGCACCAGCUGAAGAUGCACCUGAAGGUCCACACGGGAGAGAGGCCAUUCGCCUGUACGCACUGCAGGAAGAGGUUCUCAGAGAGCCCAUUCAAUGCGUGGGUGGUUUGAAUAAAAAAUAUCAAACAUUUGGGGGGGCAUUUGAAAUCACUAAAACCAAAUGGGGACUGUGUAGGAAUGAUAAUGGAGCUAAAUUGAUGGUCUCCUCACGCAUGUCCCGCUUGCUAACAGGCAUCGAAAUGAAAUCUAGACAGUUUUUGAGCAUCAAUUUAUUUAUUUUUAAAAGUGAAAAAUUGAAAAUGAAAAAAAAAAGUCCUGACUCAUUGUUUGACUGUCUGUGAAAGGGAGAGAGAGCUAGAGCCAGAGCUACAUCACCAUAGCUACUGAUUCAUGCAUGUUAUUGAAAUGUGAUUAAUGCUCACUGUCCAAUUUUUCAUUGGGGUAGAUCAAAUGUGUUAUUAUUACAUGUAUUAUAAGCCUACAUUUACAAAAUCGGUAGACUAAUGACAAUCAUUUACAAAAGGAUGCAGGGGAUUUUGUUUGUAAGCCAGGGCCAAAUUGCCUUCCUCAAGCGAGAAAGAUAAUGUGGUAAUGCAGGCUAAUUUUAUGCAAUGGAAAAGCAUUCUAAUAGCCGUGCAUCAAAUCACCUACUCCUUGAAAGUCAUGUAUUGAUUAUACACUGAGUUUACAAAACAUUGGAGACACCUGCUCUUUCCAUGACAUAGACUGACCAGAUGAAAGCUAUGAUCCCUUAUUGAUGUUACUUGUUAAAUACACUUCAAUCAAUGUCGAUGAAGGGGAGGAGAAUGAUAUUUAAGCCUUGAGACAAUUGAGACAUGGAUUGUGUGUGUGCCAUUCAGAGGGUGAAUGGGCAAUACAAACAAUGUAGAUGCCUUUGAAUGGGGUUUGGUAGUAGGUGCUAUUAGCAGCAGUUUGGGUCAAGAACUGCCACACUGCUAGGAUUUUCACACUCAACAGUUUCUCGUGCGCAUCAAUAAUGGUCCGCCACACAACUGUGGGAAGCAUUGGAGUCAACAUGGGCCAGCAUCCCUGUGGAACACUUUCGACACCUUGUUGAGUCCAUGCUCUGACGAAUUGAGGCUGUUCUGAGGGCAAAAGGUGGGGGUGCAACUCAAUGUUAGGAAGGUUUUCUUAAUGUGUUGUACACUCAGUGUACAGUAUAUAGCAUACUUGAUGAAUGAUGAUCACUGCAAUCAACAGCUGCAGUGUUGCUCAUUGGAUUACCCCAUAUCAUGAAAUAGGCUAUGUGAAAGUAUAUAAAGACAAAAGGCGAACACAUGGAAUUAUUUUUAUUUGGAUGGAUGGUUGGGAUUACAAAGGUAAGCAGAUAUUUUCUUAUCUAAAAUGUGGAUGAAACUUUUCUUCUGUAUACAUUUGUCAAGCUCGUUAUGUGUUGUUUCGCGCACAGGACCCUUGUCUGAAUGGGCUUGUGCUUGGUAAAAACCUUAGACUAUUUAUGCAAUAAGACUUGAGGUGUGGUAUAUUGGCCAUAUACCACAAAUCCCAGAGGUGCCUUAUUGCUAUUAUAAACUGGUUACCAAUGUAAUUCGAGCAGUAAAAAUAAAUGUUUUGUCAUACACAUGGUAUACGGUCUAAUAUACCACAGCUGUCAGCCAAAUCAGCAUUCAGGGCUCGAACCACCCAGUUUAUAAUGCACAAUAUAUUCCAACAAAAUACACCAACGACAUCAGUUAGGAGAUAAAGGUUGUGAGCACAGUGUUUCUGAUUAGAUCAACAAUUAUAUUCUAAUGUACAGUGCCUUUGGAAAGUCUUCAGACCCCUUGACUUUUUCCACAUUUUGUUACUUCAGCCUUAUUCUAAAAUGGAUUAAGUAAAAAACACUCUUCUGCAAAAUACACACAACCCCAUAAUGACAAAGCAAACACAGCUAAUUACAUUUUGAAAAUGUAUUAAAAAAUAUAUAUAUAUACAUAAGUAUUCACACCCUUUGCUAUGAGACUCAAAAUUGAGCUCAGGUGCAUCCUGUUUCCAUUGAUCAUCCUUGAGAUGUUUCUACAACAGGAUUGGAGUGCACCUGUGGUAAAUUCAAUUGAUUGGACAUGAUUAGGAUAGGCACACAACUGUCUAUAUCAGAUCCCACAGUUGACAGUGCAUGUCAGAUCAAAAACCAAGCCAUGAGGUCGAAGGAAUUGUCCGUAGAGCCCAGAGACAUUGUGUCGAGGCACAGAUCUGGGGAAGGGUACCGAAACAUUUCUGCAGCAUUGAAGGUCCCAAGAACACAGCGGCCUCCAUAAUUCUUAAAUGGAAGGAGUUUGGAACCACCAAGACUUUUCCUAGAGCUGGACGCCCGGCCAAACUGAGCAAUCGAGGGAGAAGGGCCUUGGUCAGGAAGGUGACCAUAACCCGAUGGUCACUCUGACAGAGCUCUAGAGUUCCUCUGUGGAGAUGGGAGAACCUUCCAGAAGGACAACCAUCUCUGCAGCACUCCACCAAUCAAGCCUUUAUGGUAGAGUGGCCAGACAGAAGCCACUCCUCAGUAAAAGCCUGCUUUGAGUUUGCCAAAAGACACUUAAAGACUCUCGGACAAUGAGAAAAAAGAUUCUCUGGUCUGAUGAAACCAAGAUUGAACUCUUUGGCCUGAAUGCCAAGCGUCACACCUGGAGGAAACUUGGCACCAUCUCUACGGUGAAGCAUGGUGGUGGCAGAAUCAUGCUGUGCGGAUGGUUUUUAGCAGCGGAGACUGGGAGACUAGUCAGUAUCGAGGCAAAGAUGAACGGAGCAAAGUACAGAGAGAUCCUUGAUGAAAACCUGCUCCAGAGUGCUCAGGACCUCAGACUGGGGCGAAGGUUCACCUCCCAACAGGACAACAACCCUAAGCACACAGCCAAGACAACGCAUGAGUGGCUUCGGGUCAAGUCUCUGAAUGUCCUUGAGCGGCGGCCCAGACAGAGCCCGGACUUGAACCCAAUCAAACAUCUCUGGAGAGACCUGAAAAUAGCUGUGCAGCAAAGCUCCCCAUCCAACCUGACAGUGCUUGAGAGGAUCUGCAGAGAAGAAUGGGAGAAACUCCCCAAAUGGCUGCAAUCGCUGCCAAAGGUGCUUAAACAAUGUACUGAGUAAAGGGUCUGCAUAUUUAUGUAAAUGUGAUAAGUUUUACAUUUUUUAUAAAUGUUCAAAAAUAUUUCAUUAAUUUUAGAAUAAGGCUGUAACUUAACAAAAUGUGGAAAAAGUCAAGGGGUCUGAAUAAGUUCAGAAUGCACUGUAUUUGUGUGGCUACGAUGUAAUAUUUAGAGCGCAGCAUUUUCUGCUUUGUUUCCCGAAAAAUGCAUUGAAAGAAAUUGAAUAGGCUACUACAGAGGUCUGAUGAUGCUUCUAACAAUAUAGUAAAAGGCGUGUUGUGUUGGGUGAUGUGCUAAAGUCUGAUGUAGGCUAUUUUGAAUACUACCGGUGUGUUUGAGUUGUCCCUUCUCAGAAAAUGUAAAAUUGCAACCCACAGCCCAAAUUUAUCACAUAAAAGUUAUGGCAUUUCUCAAUCGUUUGGGCUUCCUGAAUUUGGUAUGUUUGCUGAUAACGUUUAUUAUUAUCGUAGAUUUGCUUUUAUUCUACAAAGCUCUAUCUUAAGUUACCUUAACCUGGUAACGUAACUCUUGCUCUACCUCUCGCUCCCUGAAUGAGAAAGGUGUACACUUUGACAGUCCAACAAUGAGUCAGAAAGGUUUAAGGUUAAGACACAUUUUCUAAAUGUGCUGUUAUUCCCUUUUAAGAGUAGCCCCCCGACCUCUGGGAAGACUGAAUGCGGCCUGUGUGGCAAAAUGAGUUUGACGACAGGCUAUAUGAUGUUCACAAAAUGCCUAUUUCAUUACUUAUUUUUUAUCCCAAUACACUUUUAAUGAGAAAAUGUAUGCAGUUUAUCAAGUUCAUGAUGAUUUUUUUGUUGAGGUAUGUGUGGUUUUCAUAUGGUGUAUUUAACAUUGGUUUAUGUUUAAUAAACACAAAAUGAG